AUGUGGCAAGUUAAAUUGAUUCUUGUGGAUGACAGUGAUUCGCAACUUUUUCAUCUUGUUGAAUCAUUGCGCAAAAAUGACAUUCAAGCAAAUCCGCUUGCAUACGCCGGUAAACUACUACUCGAAUCGGGAAAUUUUGGUGGUGCUGAACAAUUUUAUCGUCAACUACUACUCGAUCCAUCAGUUCUCAAUCAACCACGUCGAUACUCUCGCAUACAAACUGCUCUCGGCUCUGUUUUUACACUGAAAAAUGAAUUCAAUAAAGCUCUUGAACAUUAUCAACAAGCUCUGAAAGCUAGUUUGAGCUGUUUGCAUCCGAAUCACCCCGAUCUGAUACCAAUCCAUAAAGCCAUUAGCGAUUGUUAUUUGAAGACUGGCAACUAUGAAUUAGCAUUGGAAAGCUAUGAACGAGCCUCUCAACUUAUGCAAUCUAAUAUACAAUCGACUGAUCAGCAAACGCUUGAUGAUUUAAAUAAUCAUAUUGUGAAUACACGAAAACUUCUCAACAGCAGUGGUGAACGUAAUACUGUACGAUUUUCUCUGUAA